AUGUCGUCUUUGUCCUCCUCCGACCAACCUCGAGUCAUAACCUGCAAAGCGGCUGUGGCAUGGCGUGCUGGUGAGCCACUGGUUAUGGAGGAAGUGGAAGUGAGUCCACCUCAACCUCUUGAGAUUAGAAUCAAAGUUGUCUGUACAUCUCUCUGUCGUAGCGACCUCUCUGCUUGGGAAUCUCAGUCUCUUUUGCCCCGAAUUUUUGGCCAUGAAGCUGCAGGUAUAGUGGAGAGCAUAGGGGAAGGUGUAACCGAGUUUGAGAAAGGAGAUCACGUGCUUGCUGUAUUCACUGGAGAAUGCGGAUCAUGUAGGCAUUGUAUCUCUGGGAAAAGUAACAUGUGUCAGGUUCUUGGAAUGGAGAGGAAAGGUUUGAUGCAUAGUGAUCAGAAGACACGCUUCUUCAUCAAAGGCAAACCUGUUUACCAUUACUGCGCGGUUUCAAGUUUCAGCGAGUACACGGUGGUUCACUCUGGUUGUGCUGUCAAAGUUGACCCUCUGGCGCCUCUGCACAAAAUAUGUCUUCUGAGCUGUGGAGUAGCUGCAGGUCUUGGUGCAGCAUGGAAUGUUGCUGAUGUACAAAAAGGUUCAAGUGUUGUGAUAUUUGGUCUUGGAACUGUUGGUCUUUCGGUUGCUCAAGGUGCUAAACUCAGAGGAGCAGUUCAAAUCAUUGGGGUUGAUAUAAACCCAGCUAAGGCUGAACAAGCCAAGACAUUUGGCGUCACGGAUUUCAUCAAUUCAAAUGACCACUCUGAACCCAUACCACAGGUAAUCAAGAGAAUGACAGGAGGAGGUGCGGAUUUCUCAUUUGAAUGUGUCGGUGAUACUGGAAUGGCUACAACUGCUUUACAAUCGUGCUCGGACGGAUGGGGUAUGACCGUUACUCUAGGUGUGCCGAAAGUGAAGCCUGAAGUUUCAGCUCAUUACGGACUCUUUCUUUCUGGUAAAUCUCUAAAAGGGACUCUUUUUGGUGGUUGGAAGCCUAAAUCUGAUCUUCCUUCACUCAUUGAAAAGUACAUGAACAAGGAGAUUAUGAUCGAUGAAUUGGUCACGCAUAACCUGGCAUUUGAUGAUAUCAACGAAGCUUUUGAGCUAAUGAGAGAAGGAAAGUGUCUACGUUGUGUUCUUCACAUGCCAAAACGCGGUUGCUCCGGUGAACACUCACUCACUGUCCGGCUUCGUCGGAGCAAGAGCACCAUGGAGGAAUCGGAGAGCAGGAAACCAGUCGCUCUUUUCAUGGCUUUCGGUACCAAAGGCGAUGUCUACCCUCUCGCUGCCAUUGCCGCAGCUUUCGCUCGUGAUCAGAAACAGUACACUGUGGUUUUGAUGUCACAUUUAGCCCAUGAGAAUCUAAUCCCCCAAGCGAAAGUUUCCUAUUUUCCUAUCACUUCUCCUCCUGCGCUGUCUAGUGAAGCUCAGGGUACUCGAGACGUUACAGACUCGUCGAGAAUUAUCUUUUCGGAGGAAAAACAAAGGAUUAAAAGGGAACACAGACAAGACUGUCAUUCUGCAUUCAGAAGCAUUUUUGGAAAGGGUCCUUGUAUGGAGGGUGAUCUCGUUGUCAUUAAUUUCUUUGCAUUGGAAGGAUGGAGCCUAGCAGAGCUUUUUGAAAUCCGUUGUGUGGUGGCUGCUCCUUAUGUUGUUCCGUAUAGUCCACCAUCAGGCUUUGAAAGACAGUUUAGGAAGGAGCUUCCGGAUUUGUACAAGUACUUGAAAGAAGCCCCCACCGGCAAGGUUAGCUGGAGUGAUGUAACUCAUUGGAUGUGGCCUCUUUUUACUGAAGAAUGGGGAUCAUGGCGAUACGAGGAACUCAACCUAAGUUGUUACCCUUUUGCAGAUCCAGUAACAGACCUUCCAAUUUGGCAUAUCCGGCCCCCAUCUCCAUUGAUCUUAUAUGGUUUCAGCAAAGAAAUUGUCGAAUGCCCUGAUUACUGGCCAUCGAGUGUUCGAGUCUGUGGUUUUUGGUUUCUGCCGAAUGAGUGGCAGUUUUCAUGCAACAAGUGUGGAGACAAUCCUUCUGCAGGGCGUCUGGGAACAGACGAUUUCCAUACAUGCUCAAACCACAAUGAGUUGUAUACUUUUAUAUCGUCUUUUGAACCAGCCCUGCCUAUCUUUGUAGGGUUGAGUUCUGUUGGAAGCAUGGGUUUUGUAAGGAAUCCCCUAGCCUUUCUUCGAGUCCUUCAGUCUGUUAUCCAGAUUACAGGUUACAGAUUUAUCAUUUUCACAGCGGGUUAUGAACCUUUAGAUGCAGCAAUUUGGACCAUUGCUAAUGAAUUGGGAUCAAGUGAGAAACAAUCAUUACAUGCGGGAAUCUCUAUCUUCAACGGCAAGCUUUUCUGCUUCUCUGGUAUGGUGCCAUACAAUUGGCUGUUUCGAAGAUGCUCUGCUGCAAUUCAUCAUGGUGGCAGCGGUUCUGUUGCUGCAGCAUUACAGGCCGGGAUCCCGCAGAUCAUAUGCCCGUUUAUGAUGGAUCAGUUCUAUUGGGCAGAAAAGAUGUCAUGGCUUGGGGUUGCUCCUCAACCAUUGAAAAGAAACCACCUGCUUCUUGAGGAAACAAAUGAUGAGAACAUCAUUGAAGCUGCACAAGUGGUAGCAAAAGCCAUAUACGAUGCACUGUCUGCAAAAACUAGGACUCGUGCCAUGGAAAUCGCUGAAAUAUUAUCUCGUGAGGAUGGAGUCUCAGAAGCUGUGAGAGUGCUUAGAGAAGAGGUGUGUGAAGUUUGA